GAAGUGGCAGCCGUCAAUCAUGCAGGGAGACUCCAAACAGUGAGCCUUGAGCUGGAGAGCAGCGUUUACCGGCGGGGCGGCCGGUUUUAUGAAUGAAGGUAUGGCUACAGAUUCCCCUAGAAGACCCAGUCGUUGUACUGGUGGAGUUGUGGUUCGCCCCCAGGCUGUCACAGAGCAGUCUUACAUGGAAAGUGUUGUGACUUUUCUACAGGACGUUGUGCCACAGGCUUACAGUGGAACACCUCUAACAGAAGAAAAGGAAAAAAUUGUCUGGGUCAGAUUUGAAAAUGCAGAUUUAAAUGACACAUCAAGAAAUCUGGAAUUUCACGAAAUACAUAGCACUGGGAAUGAACCACCCUUGCUGAUUAUGAUUGGCUACAGUGAUGGAAUGCAGGUCUGGAGCAUCCCUAUCAGUGGGGAAGCACAGGAACUCUUCUCUGUUCGACAUGGCCCAAUUCGAGCAGCUAGAAUCUUGCCUGUUCCACAGUUUGGUGCUCAAAAAUGUGAUAACUUCACUGAAAAAAGACCCCUCCUUGGUGUUUGUAAGAGCAUUGGAUCGUCUGGCACGAGCCCACCUUACUGUUGUGUGGAUUUAUAUUCACUUCGUACUGGGGAGAUGGUCAAGUCCAUUCAGUUUAAGACACCUAUUUAUGAUCUCCACUGCAACAAACGGAUCCUCGUCGUAGUCUUACAGGAGAAAAUCGCUGCCUUUGAUAGCUGUACUUUCACAAAAAAAUUCUUUGUUACAAGCUGCUAUCCAUGUCCAGGGCCAAACAUGAAUCCUGUUGCUCUUGGAAGCCGCUGGCUUGCUUAUGCAGAAAACAAGUUGAUUCGAUGUCAUCAGUCCCGUGGCGGAGCCUGUGGAGACAACAUUCAGUCUUACACUGCCACAGUCAUUAGUGCUGCUAAAACAUUGAAAAGUGGCCUGACUAUGGUUGGGAAAGUAGUGACUCAGCUGACAGGCACACUACCUUCAGGUGUGACAGAAGAUGAUGUUUCCAUCCACAGUAAUUCCCGACGGAGUCCUUUGGUCCCGGGCAUCAUCACAGUUAUUGACACUGAAACAGUUGGAGAGGGCCAGGUGCUUGUGAGUGAGGAUUCUGACAGUGAUGGCAUUGUGGCCCACUUCCCUGCACAUGAGAAGCCAGUGUGCUGCAUGGCUUUUAAUACAAGUGGAAUGCUUCUGGUCACAACAGAUACUCUUGGCCAUGAUUUCCAUGUCUUCCAAAUUCUGACUCAUCCUUGGUCCUCGUCGCAAAGUGCUGUCCACCAUCUGUACACUCUUCACAGGGGAGAAACUGAAGCCAAAGUACAGGACAUCUGCUUCAGCCAUGACUGUCGCUGGGUGGUGGUCAGUACUCUCCGGGGUACUUCCCAUGUCUUCCCCAUCAACCCUUAUGGUGGCCAGCCUUGUGUUCGUACACACAUGUCACCACGGGUAGUGAAUCGCAUGAGCCGUUUCCAGAAAAGUGCUGGACUUGAAGAAAUUGAACAAGAACUAACAUCUAAGCAAGGAGGUCGCUGUAGUCCUGUUCCAGGUCUAUCAAGCAGCCCUUCCGGCUCUCCGCUGCAUGGGAAACUGAACAGCCAAGAUUCCUACAACAAUUUUACCAACAACAACCCUGGCAACCCUCGCCUUUCUCCUCUCCCCAGCUUGAUGGUGGUGACGCCUCUCGCACAAAUCAAGCAGCCAAUGACAUUGGGGACCAUCACCAAACGAACAGGGCCUUAUCUCUUUGGAGCGGGGUGUUUUUCCAUAAAAGCUCCAUGCAAAGUUAAACCUCCUCCACAAAUUUCACCCAGCAAAUCAAUGGGCGGAGAGUUUUGCGUGGCUGCUAUUUUUGGGACAUCCAGGUCAUGGUUUGCAAAUAAUGCAGGUCUGAAAAGAGAAAAAGACCAGUCGAAACAAGUCGUAGUUGAGUCCCUGUACAUUAUCAGUUGCUAUGGGACCUUAGUGGAGCAUAUGAUGGAGCCCCGGCCCCUCAGCACUGCCCCCAAGAUUAGUGAUGACACUCCACUGGAAAUGAUGACAUCACCUCGCGCCAGCUGGACUCUGGUUAGAACCCCUCAGUGGAAUGAGUUGCAGCCACCGUUUAAUGCAAACCACCCUCUGCUCCUCGCCGCAGAUGCAGUUCAGUACUGUCAGUUCCUGCUUGCUGGCCUGGUUCCCCCUGGAAGUCCUGGGCCUAUUACUCGACACGGGUCUUAUGACAGUUUAGCUUCUGACCAUAGUGGACAAGAGGAUGAAGAAUGGCUUUCUCAGGUUGAAAUUGUAACGCAUACUGGACCCCACAGACGUCUGUGGAUGGGUCCACAGUUCCAGUUCAAAACCAUCCAUCCCUCAGGCCAAACCACAGUCAUAUCAUCCAGUUCAUCUGUGUUGCAGUCUCAUGGUCCGAGUGACACACCACAGCCCCUUUUGGAUUUCGAUACAGAUGAUCUUGACCUCAACAGUCUCAGGAUCCAGCCAGUCCGCUCUGACCCAGUCAGCAUGCCAGGGUCAUCCCGUCCAGUCUCUGAUCGAAGGGGAGUUUCCACAGUAAUUGAUGCUGCCUCAGGGGAGUGGGAACAGUCGGGAGUGACCAGUCCACAGGAAGAGGACACAGGUACCUAUGACCGGAGCGUGACCCUGCUGGAGGUGUGUGGGAGCUGGCCUGAGGGCUUUGGGCUGCGGCACAUGUCGUCCAUGGAGCACACCGAGGAGGGCCUCCGGGAGCGGCUUGCUGACGCCAUGGCUGAGUCGCCAAGCCGGGACGUCGUGGGGUCUGGAACAGGGAAAAAAAAAGGAAAAAAAAAACAAUGCCAACAGCCCAGCGUCCGUGAACAACCCAACAGUAACAAAGCAUGCAUUCGAGAUGGAGGAAGAACUUCAGCGAGAGGGAAGCAUCGAGACUCUGAGUAACAGCUCUGGUUCCACCAGCGGCAGCAUCCCGAGAAACUUCGAUGGCUACCGAUCUCCACUCCCCACCAAUGAGAGUCAGCCCCUCAGCCUCUUCCCUACUGGCUUCCCAUAGGUACCAGCAACCUGCUUCUGACUGGCCAACCCACUCACCUGCUGGAGGAGGGGAGAAGCCCCGCCUCUGGUCCUGCCCUUCAGUCUCAGCUCCUCUGUCAUCAACCAUCUUCCCUAAGCUUAGAGACAGCAGCCACCCAUCCUACCUGGAUUGAGAAGAGAUCCUUCUCCAAAACACCUUGGUGUACCCUGACCUCUGCCACACUUGUCAGUGGGGGCUAUGGCCAAGAGAGACUACAGAAGUUCAGUCCCCUUCUGUGUUUGCACAUGACAUCCUACAUCGGAUCCGCUUUUGUAUUUUUUAACAUACCCAUGGGGGCCUUAAACAGUGACCAUAUCUUGGGUGGGGAGAAGGUGGAUGGUCCAGCAGAGCAUUUGACCCUGAGUGGACAGUCUUAGCCCCGGCCCACUUCUGGCUGUGACACAUGCUGCCCUCCAGCUUCCUUUGGUCAUCCCCCCUCCAGCAUGGGGUGAACUGAGGCCUAGAGUAUUAGGGAAGGAAGAGGAAAGGAGAUGCCUCUCUUUCCUCUCUUAUUUCCUCAUCAGCUCAUGGGAAGAAUUUCUUUCUUAUCUUUAAGCCCUUUUACCCUGGUCCUGUACUGUUCAGCGAAGGAAACUGGUUACUGAGGCCCUGUCAAAAAGUGCACGUCUUGUCUAAUAAAUCACGCUGCAAUUGGUGUCUAUCCUUGA